UGAUUUCGGUGGGGCUUGUGCUCGGCCGUCAAUCCAGAGUUGAGUCAGUGAGUCCUAACCUGAGUGUCGUCUCUCGCGUUCUUCGUUAUCUUCUCGCUCCCUCCAUAUUCCCUUAGUCUCACACUUCGCCUCCCCCCUUAAUCGAUCACUCUCCCAAGUCUCAUCGCUGCUUUUGCUCGUUACUUCUCUCUCUCUUUCUGUCCAUAAUUUUUGAUUUUACAUAGCAUCAGCGGUUCAUUUAGUUAAAAUAUAAUUUCUAAUAAUGACACUAUCUGGAUUGAGUGGUUGCCCCUCAAGAUGUCUCCAUGUUCCUUCUCGCUUGAGGUCACCGCACUUCCAAAUUGCAGCUUUUUCUGGGGUUUGGAAGGCUAAGCAAGAGCUGCACUUUCUCCAAGUCGAAAAAUUGUCCCACAGGAUCAAUUUGGUGGCGUCGAGACUAAGACAUGCUACUCGGAAAAUGCAAUUGGUCAAGAGUGCUAUGGAUGCUUCUUAUGGUGAUAUGACAAAUGAAUCUCCUGCUGUAUUUCCAAGAAUAAAUGUGAGGGACCCAUACAAACGACUUGGAAUUAGCAGGGAAGCUUCUGAAGAUGAAAUUCAAGGGGCAAGGAACUUUUUAAUUCAAAAAUAUGCAGGGCACAAGCCAAGUGUGGAUGCAAUUGAAUCAGCACAUGACAAAAUUAUCAUGCAAAAGUUCUAUGAGCGGAGGAACCCAAAAAUUGACUUGAAGAAGAAAAUGAGGGAAGUAAAUCAAUCUCGGGUUGUUCAGUUUGUGAGAAGCAGAUUUCAAACUCCAUCCACGAAGUUCAUUGUAAAAACAUCCGUUGCAUUCUUGUUGCUCGGAGCUCUUACUGUUCUUUUCCCAACUGAGGAAGGGCCAACGUUUCAGGUUUUAAUAUCUCUGGUAGCUACAAUGUAUUUUAUAUACGAUCGGCUGAAGAGCAAGAUCCGGACCUUACUUUAUGGGGCUGGCUCAUUUGUUCUUUCCUGGCUAUUAGGAACUUUCUUGAUGGUGUCAGUAAUUCCUCCUAUUCCUAUAAUUAAGGGACCAAGAACUUUUGAAGUGAUGUCUUCAUUGAUAACAUAUGUUUUGUUAUGGGUUUCAUCCACCUAUCUUAAGUAGUGCUUCCUUGUUUAUCACCUUAGAAUUGGAUGUGUGGGAGGUGGAAUUUUUGUAUUUGUUCUGUUUGGUGUGAUAGAAUCAGGCUUCCUAAGGAAUUCCAGUUCUAUUAAAUUGUCCAUAACCUGGUUCCUCCAAUAACACUUCCACGAAAUGAAGAGGGCAUGAUAGCAUCUAAUUGCA